AUGGAAAUUACACAUAUUCACGACCAUCCAUUGAUGUUCAAGGAAGAAGUGGAGAAAAACAUUUAUGGUGCAAGUCUUUUCUGCAAUGUAUGCGACGAGGCAGUCGUCGGCCCUUACUACUCUUGCAACCAAUGUCCCCGCAGCAGUAGCUUCAUUGUUCAUAAAUCAUGCACCGAGCUAUCCGUUCAGAUGCACCAUCACCCCUUGCAUGCAGAGCAUCCACUCACUCUCAUCAGAAAUGCUCGAAAUUAUACUUGUAAUGUCUGUAGGGAAAAGUUUUACGGCCCCACCUUGGCUACCUUCGCUUACUGUUGUUCCAAAUCCGGAUGUGACUUCAUCCUCGACCUCAAGUGUGCCUCCACAUGGCACAAAGUCACUGAAAAUCAUUUCGGUGAUCAUCCCCACCAAUUCAGCCGCUAUAAGAAACCAAAACUGAAAUUCGAGUGUGAGGCAUGUGGCGAGGAGGGACGUUACUCCGUCUAUAUCUGUAGUAUCUGUAAGCUCUGGGUCCAUAAGAACUGCACUUCAUUACCAGGCCACCUCAAAACAGGAGCGCACCCACACCUUCUCAUGCUUAAGUGGUCCCUUGAAGGCAUUAUUAAAAUCCGCCAGGAAGUGUGUAACCUAUGUUAUGAGAACAUGUAUGGAAGCGGCUGUUUCUAUUAUUGUGAGCCUUGCCAUUACAUUGCCCACAAUAGAUGCGCAGUUAUGGUGGGCAUUGAUGACCUUGAUGAUGACGAGAUGAUUGAGGAGGCCUCGAAUGCUGAUCAUCCCAUUAAUCCUGAUGUGCAUCACAACAGAUCACCAAUAAAGAUCUACAUAAACAGAUAA